AUGCCACAAUUAAUACCAUUUUUCUUUUUAAAUCAAUUAUCAUUUUCAUUUAUUAUUUUAUUAGCAUUAGUUUAUAUCUUUUCUAAAUAUAUUUUACCAUUAUACACAUUCCAACGAGUAAUUAGAAUGUAUAUUACUAAAUUAAGUAAUAAAAACUAG